CUUGGGGCGGGCGCCAUGGCUGACGGCGGAGAGUCCGCGGCGGUCCCUGCGGCGGAGGGGCGGCGGCCGGGCGGCUCCCCCGGCGGGGCGGAGGGCGCGCCUGCGGCCGUACCGCGGUUGCCGCUGGGCGGCCCGGCCGGAGCGGCGGGGAUGUCGCUGCCGCGGCUGGAGAAGCCGAUCAAGCAGGCCUUCUACAACACGGGCGCGCUGCUGUUCGCGGGGCUGUGCUGCGGGGCCGCCGUGCUGGUCUACUUCAUCCUGGAGGCCUUCCUGCGGCCGCUGCUGUGGGCCGUGCUGUGCGGCACCUUCCUGCACCCCUUCAAGAGCUCGCUGACGGCGCUGGGCCGCCGCUGGUUGUGCCGCCUGCAGCGCUCCCGCACGCCCGUGCUGCUGGCCGCGCUGCUGCUGCCCCUCUGCUUCGCCAACUACGGCGUGGAGGCGCUGGGCGAGCAGGUGCUGCGGAGGCGGCGGCUCCUGCUGCUGCUGGGCGCCGGAGGGCCGCUGCUCUACGGGCUGUACUGCCUGGGCAGCUCGCUGGGCGUGCAGGUGCUGCUGGCACAGGCCGCCCGCUUCAUCUGCCAGGGGCUGGACUACUUCAGCAGCCAGUGGAUAUGGACAUUGGUAGUUGGUUACCUGUUGAUGGUUUCAUUCAAGUGGAAUGUAAGCACCGAGCGCUACCUGAAAGCAGUUUCUGUCCCUGUGUGGAUCAUGCUGCUCUUUCACUUAGCUUCUGUGGCAGGUUCCUGGAGAAUUCCUGUGUUCCUGGUUAUAGUUGUUCUGAUGACUGUAGGCAUGUUGCAUGAACAGCAGAAUGGAGAGGAGUCUUCUGGGGCAGAGCUUCCUGGUCAGAUGAUUUCCAUUGCUGCUUCAACAAUUGCCAUGGCAAUUUCCGUGACAGAAGAUGAAUCCAGUAAUGAACGUUCCUCACAACCCUCAGGUGCGACAGAAGGUGCUCCACCUCCACAAGCUUCAUCUUUCCCCUCCUCUGCAUCCUCUUCUGGGAACAGACAAAGACCUGAGAUUGGUUCUUUUCUUAAAAAAAAGAAAACAAGUGAUGUUUACUUCGUUACACUUGUGUGGGCAAUUGUUAUUGUCCAGAUCUGGCUAAAUUUGUGGAUUGUGCAGCUAUUGCCAGUGCCUUUUGCAGUUUGGGCACUAAAGAAACUUGUGGUUCAUUUUGGAGUUUUAAGUUUCAUGGCAAAACGUUGCAAAAGUUGGUGGCAACUUGUUGAAAACUUUGUGAAAGAACGUCAAGAAGCUCUUGCUCCGCGUCCCAUCAGAGGGCUUGGAAGAGUCAUGCUGAAGCUUGACAGUAAGCUGUGGCACUGGCUUAAUAAGAAGAUGAUCGUGUGGUUGGAGAAAAUGCUAGAUAAAAUAAUCAGCAUUUUCAUAAUAUUUUUGCUAGUGAUAGGAACCCUUCUGCUAGCCCUGCUCCUCACUGCAAAGGUACAUCAAGAGAGCGUUCAUAUGAUUCAAGUCACGAGCAGCUUGAUCAAUGAGACGGUAGCCAGUCACCCAGAAUGGGCAAACUGGCUUCCAGAAGCCCAGGUGUUUCAGAAGGCGCUCAACUCAGCAGCAAAUAACGUGUAUCAAUAUGGCCGAGAAUGGAUUACGCACAAGCUUCAUAAAAUUUUAGGAGAGAAAGUGAACAACACCGCUGUGAUUGAAAAACAAGUGCUGGAGCUUUGGGACAGGCUUUAUCAUUCCUGGUUUGUGAAGAAUGUAACGCAUUCUGGAAGACACAAAGGACACAAAUGGCACAUAAACCGUCAGAACAGCUGGCUUGGUGAUAUUCUGGACUGGCAAGAUGUUGCUUCGUUUGUUCAUGAUAAUAUUGAAACAUUUCUUUCGAUCCUAGAGUCUCUGUGGAUAGUGAUGAGUCGGAAUGUGAGCCUCUUGUUCACUACAGUUACAACUUUGGUGACAAUCCUUUUCCAUAGUGGGACAGCUCUUCUUAAUUUUGUGCUUUCAGUGGUGAUUUUCCUGACCACACUGUUCUACCUAUUGAGUUCCAGUGAUGAGUACUACAAGCCAGUGAAAUGGGUGAUAAGCCUGACUCCUUUAUCUCAGCCAGGUCCUUCUUCAAAUAUAGUUGGCCAAUCUGUGGAGGAAGCAAUAAGAGGUGUGUUUGAUGCUUCCCUCAAAAUGGCGGGGUUCUAUGGACUCUACACUUGGCUGACUCACACUAUAUUUGGGAUUAACAUCGUCUUCAUACCAUCUGCAUUAGCAGCAAUCCUUGGAGCGGUUCCGUUUCUGGGGACGUACUGGGCAGCCAUCCCUGCAGUCCUAGACUUGUGGCUUGUGCAAGGAGAGGGAUGCAAAGCCAUUUUGCUCUUGGUUUUUCACCUGCUGCCAACCUAUUUUGUAGAUACAGCCAUUUAUUCAGAUAUAUCAGGGGGUGGUCAUCCUUACCUGACGGGUCUUGCAGUAGCUGGAGGAGCAUAUUACCUGGGACUGGAAGGAGCCAUCAUAGGACCAAUUCUACUUUGUAUACUUGUGGUUGCCUCCAACAUAUAUAGUGCCAUGUUGGUUAGUCCAACAAAUUCAGUGCCCACUCCAUCACAAGCAACGUGUCCACUACAGAUUUACCGGUCAGCUAGAGAAAGUCCUGAGGAGACAAAAAUGGCUGCUGAAUGAUGAAGGAGCUAUGCUGCACCUGUUCAAGAUGAGAGAAUCACGUGGUCUUUCUCGAGUUCCCAACAGCCAUGGCCUACUGUCCCUCUGCAGCUCUGCUGGGGGCAGUUCACAGGGAUGCAUAGUUUGAGUGUUAGGAGACACCACUCCUCAAGCAUCUGCUGGCCUUAUAUUACUGUGCACUUUGCCUCUUUGAGAGAGAACAUCAACUUCCCAUGGCUUUGCUAACUAGCACACAGUUCCACAGCCACCUUUGUAGACUCUUCUGUCUUCUUAAAAAGAAUGUCUGAGUGGACAGAUAUAUCCACUGGAGUUGUUAUCUGCUGAAAUGACUUACUUAGCUUUCAUUUAUUGGGUUAUUUGUCAUUCUAAUUUGUAGUAUUUUUAAAGAAAGCUAAGUCCAAAAUGUUUAUUCUCUGUUAAUCUGAUGGCAACAGAGAUGUAAACCACUCAUUGUGAAAUGAAGAUUAAAUACAAUUGUUUGCUGCUCCUUUGAAGGUCAGAGGUUUUUUUAUCCCUUUAUAAACACUGAAAUUUAAUGUUGUUGAAGACAAGUUCUUCUAGCAUUUUCCUAAAAUUAAUUGAUAUACAAAUUGAGGAAUGUGAGUUUUUGUCAUUUAGAACGUGUUUAAAUAGUUUAAAUCUUACCCUUGUUUCUGGUGAAAUCUGAUGAUAUUCUGAUGUCUAGUCACUGUCCGGUGAAGUCACAGUAUCAACUAAUUUUGCUUAAAGGCCUUAAAUACUUUAAACCUAAGGUAAUGUACAGUUAUCACAUCUACUUCCAAUAAUAAGAAGAACUUGAGUAGGAUUGUUUUAUGUCAGUUUUCAAAUGCUGUGACCAAAUAGCAUUUAUUUUUCAAACAAAUAUGAGUUUAUUUCAAAAGAGAAAAGGGAAAGAGUAGAGAUUUUGUUUUGUUGUAGAGUUGGGUUUUUUUUGGUUGCUGCUUUUAUUUUUCUCUUUGUCAGCCUCUGGCCAAAUAUCGUAGUGAUUUAUGCAGAGUUUUUAAAUUCCUGAAAUGGUGUAUUGCCUCGGUCACAGAAACAAACUACUUCAGUGUUUUUCUUUCAUAUGUAAUUCUGCCGAAACUGCAAGUUUGGUGACACUUAAGGCCUUCUGUAUUGUUGGCUGAAAUAUUUUGACACAAUGGAUCUUUAUACCUUUGCAAAGGCGAAGUGUUUUUUUGGUCAAAGCUUCCACUAAUACACUGGGGCCCUUCAUACAAAGUAGCAGUUGCACAUGCGUAACCAAAGAACCACCUUUCAGUUUCUGAUAACUUACCUUGAAUUUAUUUCGGUUUGAUUGACAAGGUUUAUGCAGAAUUCAGGCAUGCCUUGCGUAUACUGUUUACCGUAAUGCAACCGUCGAUGCACAACUUAAUUCUCUAACUUAACUGCUGUGGUUUUAGUGAUGAAAUGUUACUCCAGAAUGUGGGGCUUCACAUAUACUGGUGUGGGGCUUGCAGGUUUUCAGGUAUGUGUUUGGAGGACAGGCUCAGGCUUGAUUUAGUGGUUUGACUGGUGAUUUGGUUGUUCUUCAAAGUACAGAAACAUCCUAUUUGAUAUUUGAAAUUCUGAGAGACCUGCAGAGCAAUUCCAACUAACUUAACGUGAAGAGUGUAUUGCUUGAAUUACAUAACCAUCCCAUGUUUUAAUUUCCUCAGGUUUGUGAAUCACUUCAUCUUUAAUAAGACCCAUUUUUGUAAUUGUCAAAUUACAAAAUUCCUGCUUUUUAUUGACAAUUACAAUUGACAAUUGUAAUUGUCAAUAAAAAGCAGGAAAAUGACAACCUGAGGCUGCCCCUAAAUAUUCCUGCAGCAUUCUAACCAACUUAAAUGAGACCACCAUGAUACCUGGGAAACUUCUUUAUUCUUGUUAUUUUUAUUCUAAAGAAUUUUGCACUGAAAUACUUUCUUUACAUUCUAACUUCAUCUAGUCAGCAUUUAAAGAUUACUAGCAAGAAAGAUGCAUAUUUAAUGUAUUUCUGGUUUUCUGUUGCUCCUCUUUGCUCACUGGUCACGACGUUUAAAUUGCCAACAUUUUUUAUCCCAGUUAUCUCUUUGAAUCUUUUUGAAUCCUAAGGUAACAGAGUCAUUUUAGAGAGUCAUCACAAGGCAUCCUUUGGUCUGCUUGUUCUUAUGUUUUCCUCUUCUCCCUCCCUGCUUGUGUGACUGCCUUAGAGCAAAGAAGAGUCUCCAUUACCAAGAUUAAAACUGUAUUUCAGACAGUUAUCUUCAAUAACAGCAAAUUAGUGAAAUCAGCUGGGAACGUGCAUUGCAGUUUUGAAAUGUUCCUUUCCCAGUUUGAAGAGAAAUCAUUUUGUAAGGAGAAUUAAAUUCUCACGUAGUCUCUUAGCUUGUCCCCCUUUGAAAUAUAUCUUCCUACUUGAUGCUUCCUGUUUCAAAUUCAGCAAGGACUUGCCAAGGAGAACUUUCUGUAGUAUAGCCUUUCUCAGGAAAUAUAGCUUAAGGGCCUCGUGCUAUGUGCCAUGUCUGAUUUAGAAAUAAGUUGCGUGGCUCAGUGAUACAGCAACGGUGUGCUGCCAAAAAGAAGAGCAAAUGGAAAAACACAUUCUCCAAUGAAACCUUCUUAGGAUAUGAAAUAUUCACUGAAUUCUGCCAUAAUUAAAUAUGUAUAUAUAUAUAUGUAUGUUAAAAUGCAUACCUUAGUGGUGACAGUCUCUUAAUGCUUGUAGGUGAGAAGCUGAUGGUCCUUAGCUUUACUGUGAGCAGCCAUUUCAGGCGCAGGUACUUAUAUGUCUUUGGUAUACUUAGUAUUCAACUCAGAACAAAGACAAUGAUUUAGAGUUCAGAAGGGAAUGCUUGUAGUAAUAAAUCUAGGUGGUACUGUGUCAUGGUAUUGCAAAGUACAAUGGUAAUGUUUAUUAUUGCUCUCUCCUAGCUAAUCAGGCUCAUUGCAAGUAAGCAUAGUGUCAAGGGGUUAGUGAUAAUUGCUUAACUGCUUUUGCACAGAGCCAAAGUUAGCCCUUUUUCUUCUUCCUUUACCUCAGCUGAACGUAACUGUACUGCAGCAGCACCUGCAGAAGUUCAUGUGUGUCCAUUUACAGCCCAGCUUGUUAGCUUCAGGUCACUGUAGGUACUGGCUUAAUUGAGCACAACACAGCAAGUUGCAAAGGAUGAGAAUCCAGCACACGCUCGUUUUGCCAGCUGUACUACAAGACAGUGACUUUCAGCGCUGUGCACUGAUGGCUGCGCGCUGUGACCAGUUGGGAGCAGUAAUGGCUUAUUUUGAAACACUGUUUAAAAAAAAAAGCGACACAAAAAAUAAAGUUUAUUAUUCUAGUCAUACAAUAUGCAAUACAUACAUACAGUAUACCCGUUUUAGAAAUCAAAUUGAUAGCCAUCUGUCUAAUAAUUGAGAUAAGCCUGAUCUUUGUAUGCACACUAAUAUACAGGUUUGUUUCAGCUGAGGUACCUUGUAGCUUGACUGAUUUCAAGGAAUGUUUGGAUUUGUUUCCAGACUUUGGGGAGGAAGACGUACUGUCAUGUGUUCUGUUGGUGGUUAUUGAAUUAGGAAAUCCAAAAUUGGAAUAAAACACCAAAAAGAGCAUUGAUUGUGAAUGGAAGAUGGGGUGCUGUUUCCAGUAUUAAACUUAGUGGGUAUCAGUGUAACUUCCGAAAUUGGUGUUUGGCUGUAAUGUUCAGUGUUUUUUAGAAAGCCUGAAAAUACAAAAGCUCAGCACCCCUUUAAAACAUUAGCAGAACUGAAUUACUAAUGCCAAAUGCUAGUGGCAGAAAUCUGUACAGGGUGUUGCCUUCCCUGUGGACCUGUGUAAAAGAUGGGACAAAUACAUUCUACAGAGAUGCCAUGGUUUUGCAUUGGCAGUAGAAUAUGCUUCCACGACUGCUUUUAUUCAGACAUUGUGUUUCUGUUGUAUCAGCUUAAUUUUCUCAAUAUAUGUAGUGCUACCUUUAUGUAAAUCACUGCUGGAAACAGCCAGGCUUUCUUCAGAAGGUGCUGAAAGCUGUUGGAAUUGGAGUUAGCCUUCAGUAGUUUUCGUAAUGGAGGUAGCAUUCUAGAAACACAGCUGUUUUCUUUGCCAAUUAAAUACUCUUCGUCGAAACCUGGAGUCUCUUAACCACGUAUGGAGAUCAUCUUUAUAAGUUCUGUUUGGGCUUGUAUUUCCAAGGUUGUAGUACUAUUUAUGUCUCACCCUUUUUGGUGAUGCAUGAUUUGGCAAAUCCAUUCCCUUCUUAUUUCUAGUUUACACUUCUACAAAACUAAAUUUACCUAAUAACAAACCUCAUGGAAGUUUGAUCUUUAACCUGUAGCUGUUUAUCUGUCCUUUUUAUUAAAAGCCCGUGGUGCUUUAUUGUCAAAAUCUCCAAAAUGGCUUUUAAAUGAGAAAAUUGGAAAUUAAAAUAAAUAAAUGAAAAUUGGAAUGUGGAAAAUGAGCUUGAUAUUUUGAAACCAGAAGCAGUGCCAGAAUUCUUGAUCAUAUUCUGGGAUUCCGUGAGAACUUUGAAAAUAUAUAUGUUUAUAUGCACCAUUAUAUAAAUACAAGCAAUGUUUCUCGUAUUCAGACUUCAACAGAAAUUUAUUUUUUUGUUUUUUUUUAAGAUACCUUGAACAAAAUAGUGCCUGUCUGUAGUGGAAAUGAGCACCAUUUUCUAGAAUUAAUGUUUACUUAAAGGAAGUUGGAGGGGAGCCAAGCAGAUAUUGGUGGGAUGACUAGAACUGUUUUGCUGCAGUUAAUGUGAAGAUGGGAAAGACUGCGCUUCCAUCUGGUAAGCCAUUGCUAAGAAAUCACUGGUCCUGGAAGAAUUUGUGCUCAUGCUGUUUUGGGGUAGAUUCCCUGAAAGGCGUGCUUUGCAUAUCCACAUACUGAAAUAGUAUGUCCAAUUCAGGAAGGAAUUGCUGGUUGGCAAGUAAGUGCAUCAUGGCAUGGCCUGGGUUGAAAAGGACCACAACGAUCAUCUUGUUUCAACCCCCUGCUAUGUGCAGGGUCGCCAACCACCAGACCAGGCUGCCCAGAGCCACAUCCAGCCUGGCCUCAAAUGCAUCCAGGGAUGGGGCAACCCACGGCCUCCUUGGGCAACCUGUUCCAGUGUGUCACCACCCUCUGAGUGAAAAUAUCUUUAUUGCGCUCUGCAUGUGGAUGAGCUCAAACAAAUGUAAUUGGUGUUUUACUGAAUUGAAGGUUUUUUUUUUUAACUAGGUUGAGUCAGAAGCAGGGCAUAUUUACUUGCAGCAGGAUGCAUUUGCUAGCUAGUAAAUGCAGCUUGAGUGCUCAAGCAUCCACAUACAUAUCUGAAAGAUUUUCAGCAUGGUGAUUUUAGAGUAAAAAUAAGGAUUUAUUUUCCUGCCCUCGCUUUUUUGUCUCUCAGCUUUAAAUGAGAAACCUAAUUCGUACUUAUUUCUCAUGGUUUGCUGUGGAUUAAGUGUAAGAGGCAUCACAAAGCUAAAAAGUAGUCAUGGAACAGAAUUUCAUUAAGCUUAAGAACUGUCAUCCAGACCGUGCUCUUGGAAAAACAUUGUCCAAACUUUUGGCUUCCUUUCUGCCAGUUGUAGCCGCAGGCUGAUGCUCUGUGAGGAAGUAUCAGUAAAAAAUACCAACAACUUUGUGUUGUUUGUAACUGUCUGGCUGGCUAGUUCAGUGUAUUCAGUUUCCACUGUUGUCGCUGGUAUGUUCUGCAAGCAGACAAGUUGUUCUGAUUGUUACCUUUAAAAUUAAAGACUAUGUUUCAGUGAUGGCUGGACAUAAGCUUUCUUUACUUAUACAAAAUGCUUACCUAUACAUUAGUUAACUAGUAUCUGAUUUUUUGGUCAGAAGAGUAGGGAAGUUUUGUUUUUUCUCUUUGGUAAAUUUCACCAAACCAAAUCCAAAGAAACUUGUGACCUUGUGUGCAAAGACUGGCUAGAUCCUACUGCAAUCUAGAAGCAGAUCUGUUGCGUUACAGAGCGCAGGUUGUUCUAACGUGUGCAUUUCUAAGCGGAAUUUGUGGGGGAUUUGGAGCAAUAACUUCUGUCGACUCAAAUUUGUCUGUAAGUGUACGUGUGACACAAUUUCAGAAUGGAACUAUGUUCACGACUAAUGUUACCAUAGUUGGUUUUGGUACAGUGCCUGUUUUUGCAUGUGUAGUAUUAGAAAAGUAAUCUCUUUGUCCACUGGUGGCGGAACAGAGAAUGUGGUUUAAGGUUGAGAAGUAUUCGUAUAGACUGCAGAGGUAUUUAUUUCAUUAAUUUUGAUUGUAUGCACCAGUCCUCCUCCUAAUAAAGGGUUUUUUGUUUUUGUAGCGGGUAUAAGAGGCUUUUAACUUAAUACUGUGUUCACACUGCAGUCCUUUGUAAGCACAAAAUGUUUAAUAUAUUUUGAAAUAAAAUACUACUGGAGACAAA